GUGUUGCAUCCUACAUUAUGGUCUCUGUGACCUUUAAAGAGCGGGUCCUGGCACUUUUUGUGUAUUUUUUAAAUCUGAGUUUUUAUCCCGCAUGUUAAUGAUAUAUAUUUCUUGGUCAAUUCUCUUAAAAUAUAACAUAUAUAAACAAGAUAUUUACAGUGUUUUGUUGGUUUAAAAUAAGAAAAUUGUAAUCGGUGAAAUCUUCGGCUCGUUCCGUAAAUCGCGCCUCCAGAGAUCGGAUGUGACGUCACAUCAAGAACACGAGGAAAGAUGGUGCGUAGGUGUGUUGUCGGUGGGUGCAGCAACACCAACAGUAAUUCGUCUCUGCACGAGUUCCCACCAGACCAAGCUGUAAGGAAAAAGUGGGACAGGUUUGUGUCAUCCACUCGGAAAGACUGGAAGCAUGGCGUGGAUACGUCUGUCAUUUGUGGUGACCACUUCAUAGCCCCAUCAGAUUUUGAGGGAUACCAACAGUGGCGGAGUGGUUUCAAGAAAAAGUUGACACUUAGGCCCGGGGCUGUGCCAACCAUCCGUUCCCCCUCAUUGUCAAAGCCUGAACACCACCGACGUGCAGUACAAAAACUCAAUAUAUCAAGGUUGUUUGAUGGCACUACUGGACAUACUGAACAUGCUGAAACUGUGGUUGAAAGGUUGUCACAAGCAGGUACUUCCACAAUUUCCUUAAGCUCAUCAGAAAAGGAUGAAGUCAGAGAAGAUGAUUUAUUGAAUGCUGAGGCAACUGUUACAGGUGACAUAUCUCAUUUACAGGUUCUGAAUAACAUGCCACAUCAAGUUAUGUGUUCACUUGAGUCAGAUAAAGCACAGGAUACAGCUACUUGUACAGAUGAAAUCCUUCCUGAUAGUGACCCACCCAAGAAACAGUCAAGGGGAACACAGUUGGGAUUAAAAAGAGAGAGCUACAGAAGUAUAGGUAUUCAGGUAGACAUGUUUGAGAAGUGUGAAACUUGUGAUGUUGGCAUUCAGUGUGGGGAGACGGAACAUACUGAAAUGGAGGAUUUUAUGGAAAAUGGUACAUGUAUCUUUGACAAGACCACAAACCAAAAUUCCAACACUGAAAAGGAAAGUUGUUUCACUCCUGACAGCUCCACUCUUGACAUUACACAAAAUGAUGUAAAUACUGAAGAAAUGCCAAUGGAGGAGCCGGAACCUUGUCAUCUAGAGGAAAAGUUUUUAGUAUUCAAGUGGCAACUUCUACAGCUCUUUCAGUUUUGCCCAAGAUGUCAUUUUCCAGUUCGUGGUGUUGUUGAUAAGAGAGUUGGAACUUGCAUUCAUAUAGUGCAGAAGUGCUCUGCAUGUAAAUUUGUCAAUGAUUGGGCCAGUCAACCUUAUAUUGGAAAAAUGCCAGCUGGAAAUCUUCUUCUUUCAGGCUCCAUUUUAUAUUCUGGUAGUCUUAGUAGCAAGUGCCUGCUAAUGUUCAAGUUGUUGAAUAUGGCUUGUUUUGGACGCAGUACAUUUUUUAGGCAUCAACAACAGUAUGUUUUACCAACAGUUGUGCUUUAUUGGAGGCAGGCACAAAGUUCUAUCAUUGCCUACUUGAAGUCACAGAACAGAGGGUUGGUGCUUGCUGGUGAUGGACGCUCAGACAGCCCUGGUCAUUGUGCUAAAUAUGGUGCAUUCACUUUCAUUGAAACCAAGAUCAACAAAGUUCUAGACAUUCAACAAGUGCAGAGCAAUGAAGUUCCAAAUAGUUCAUGGUGUGAGCAUGAAGGGUUAAAAAGAAGCGUUAGAUUUCUGAAGGAUGAGGGGUUGCAGUUAGACACCCUUAUUACAGACAGACACAGACAGAAUAACAAGUGGAUAAAGGAAAACCUUGAUGGAACAAACCACUUCUAUGACAUCUGGCAUGUUGCAAAGGGCACAGGGAAAAAACUGGAUGCUUUGGCAAAGGUCAAGGAUUGUGAUAUUGUUGGUAAAUGGAAGCAGUCCAUCACCAAUCAUAUGUAUUGGUCUGCAGGUUCUACACCAGAUAACAAUGGAGAUUUGAUUGUUGCCAAGUGGGAGUUGGUUAUCCAGCAUGUGCAAAACAUCCACACCAACCACCCAAAUGCUCUUUUCCAAAGUUGUCUUCAUGAUUCCCUGGAAGAAGAAGAUGAGCGUGAGAUUGAAUGGCUUAAUCCAACAAGCAAAGCCUUUGAACAAUUGGAAAAGAUUCUUUUAAACAAGACCCUCUUAAAAGACAUUUCAAGACUUUCCAGUCAGGAGCAGACAUCUUCCUUGGAGGCUUUUCAUAGCUUGAUACUCCAUUUUGCUCCCAAGAAUACAGCCUUUUCUUAUCUUGGAAUGUUAUGUCGACUCUACUUGGCUGGACUCCAUUAUAAUAAGAACUCUGAUCGUUACCAAAUGUUCAACAGACAAGGUGAAGCUUGCUUCACAAUCAGAUACCCGAAAGGAAGGAAAGGACAAGCUGUUGUACGUCCUGACAAAACUAAGCCUACUUAUGAUUAUGCCAUGCAUCUCCAACAAGAAUUGGUAGAUCGAUAUAUACAAGGGCCAAGCCAACUACGAGAUUCUAUCAAUAAUCUACGUGCUAGGGUACCCAACUGUCUAUCCACAAAUGCAGAUCAACCGGACAAGGCAGAGGCAGUGGAGAUGUUUGUGUCCAGAUAUAACAGAUGACACUUGAAACAUUUAUUUGUGUCUAUUAAUUGUGCUUUGUACCGGUACUAAUCUUACUUUAUUGUUACAGCCACAUAAAAUUGUAAACGUAUAUUUUCACCUAAUGAGAAUUCCGUAGAAACUUUGUGCACAAGGCAUAGAGAAACAUCUUGUUGUUGAGUACCAAAACCAGUAUGUACAUGUAUUUUAUCGCCUUUAAGGUCUGACAAGUUGUAAGAACUUGUUGAGAAAUGCUGCAUUAGACAGUUUUUUGGGGGUUUGAAUGCUUAAUUGUUAGAAUGACCUUACCGAGGUUUCUAGUUAUUUGGCCACUCAAAGUUUUUGUAUUGUCCAUCAUUUGCAGGAAAUGCAUUUCUAAUGCGUGACAUAUUACACAGGCUGGUAAAGGAGUACGGUUGUUCUUUCCCAGGAAACCCCAACACCAUCUUACUAAUUGACGAUAAGCCACAUAUCGAAACUUCCUAAAAUGUUACACAUUUUUUUGUAAAGAUUGUGCUUUAAUAUAUAAAAUGUGUUUGAUAUUUAACCAUG